UCUGCGACUUUUGGCUCCGCCUGCCUCUCCAGUUUCUUAUACAUUCUAUGAAUGAAACAAGGGGGCGCUACAGUUCUCUGACUAGUUGUGGAUACAGCGAAAGAACGCGAGAGAACAGAACGUAGAGAAACGUCGCUAUCUAGUUACAGAGUCAUCGCAUUUUAGCUAACCAGUUAGUACAAUUGGAUUUGGAUUACUGCGACCUUUGGGUUAGCCCUGUCACAGUGAGCCAUCCAUCCUUGUCUACCUUUCUCUGUCCAAAACAUCAAUUUAUUGGACUCUGAAAGUGUGAGUGUGUUGUGUGUCUGUGUCUAUGUGUAUGAGUGUGAGUGUGUAAACACGCGCAUAUGCAUUUGCUGGUGAGAAGGUGCUUGUCCGUGUGUCCUGGUGAAUUGUAGGAACAGAAGUGUGUGAGGUACUGUCUGUCUGCCAGUGACAAUGGGUGACAUAAGUGACCUGGACCGGCAGAUUGACCAGUUGAGGAGGUGUGAACUCAUUAAGGAGAAUGAGGUCAAAGCUCUGUGUGCUAAAGCCAGGGAGAUUUUGGUGGAGGAGAGCAAUGUUCAGAGGGUGGAUUCCCCAGUCACUGUGUGUGGUGAUAUCCAUGGGCAGUUUUAUGACCUGAAGGAAUUGUUCAGAGUAGGUGGUGAUGUUCCAGAGACAAAUUACCUCUUCAUGGGUGACUUUGUGGAUAGAGGAUUCUACAGUGUGGAGACCUUCCUGUUGCUGCUUGCACUCAAGGUGCGUUACCCAGACAGAAUCACGCUGAUCAGAGGGAACCAUGAGUCUCGGCAAAUUACACAAGUUUACGGCUUUUAUGAUGAGUGUCUGAGGAAGUACGGCUCUGUGACUGUGUGGAGAUACUGCACUGAGAUCUUUGACUACUUGUCUCUCUCCGCCAUCAUUGAUGGGAAGAUAUUUUGUGUGCAUGGGGGUCUAUCUCCCUCAAUCCAAACUCUGGAUCAGAUCAGAACUAUUGACAGGAAACAGGAGGUUCCACACGAUGGGCCCAUGUGUGAUUUACUGUGGUCUGACCCAGAGGACACGACGGGGUGGGGUGUGAGUCCCAGGGGCGCAGGGUACCUGUUUGGCAGUGAUGUUGUGGCCCAAUUCAAUGCAGCUAACGACAUCGACAUGAUCUGUAGAGCCCACCAGCUCGUCAUGGAAGGCUACAAGUGGCAUUUCAAUGAAACUGUAUUGACUGUGUGGUCUGCACCAAACUACUGCUAUAGAUGUGGAAAUGUGGCAGCAAUAUUGGAGCUGGAUGAACACCUGCAGAAAGAGUUCAUCAUAUUUGAAGCAGCCCCACAGGAAACCAGAGGAAUCCCCUCCAAAAAGCCAGUGGCUGAUUACUUCCUGUGAUGACUGCUAGGAAGGAAAACGAUCACGACACCCUUAACUUGGUCACAUACUCCUCUCCAUUUCUCUUUCAAAUUUUUUUUUUCUCUUUUUUUUUUUUUCUCUUCCCCCAGCUUGUCUUGUGCCACUAGUUUAUGUUCUCUCUGUUUCCAUUUCCCUUGAAAACAUGUAGUAUAUAGUAUACCUUCUGGUCUCCCUUUCUCUCUCACAUACCUUGUAUUCUCUUCUGACAUGUGCAUUUCCAAUACCGUCUUUUAAAAUGAUAGCCCUCUUGAUUAAGGAGUGUUGGGUGUUGUGAAGGGGACAAACAUGAGAUUUAAGACUCUCCCACAAUUAAGUGACUGCAGAGGGCCCUGUGAGGUAGGAGGCCAUUUUACACUUGCAUUAUGAUUUUAUUUGACACUUUUCUAACACUGUUUCUUUUAUAUCUUUCAUUUUUAUUUGUGGCAAAGAAAAUUAAUCCCUUUCAGUUUGGUCAAGCUUUCAUUUUUGUCUUUGCCAUUUGACAGAACUGGUAUUAAUGCAUCAGUCAGAGUAGCAGUUACCAGAUUAACACUGCAGAUGACAGAACCACAAGACUGCUGAUUACCUCUGGCCUUUGUUAGUGAACUUUAGGUAAGAAAAUUAGUUGAAAUGGGAACAGUGUACCAAACUGAAACUUUUUUUCUGGAUUCUCUCCUCUGACCAAUCUCUGUAGGAUUUGUUGUUGCCUUUUGUUAUUGAUCUGUGAAAAUAAAACUACUUUUUUGUA